UCUUCUUCUUAAGGGUUUCUGAUUUUCUGCGACUUUAACACGACGGCUGUGUAGUUUUGAUGGUUUUUGAAGCAAUUUUCUUUGUUUUUCUUGAUGUUCUUGCUUAAGAUUAGUAGAUCUAACAUAUAUUACUCGAUUUUGAAACCUAAAUGACUAAAAACUCAAGUUUUUUUUGUAAUCCGAUUUUUUCACCGCAUACCUUCAACUCGCCACGCUAGAUCACCGUAGAGCGCUUUCUCGGCCGCCGAAUCGGCUAGGCGGUCAUCACUGUAUAAUGAUGACCUGUUGGUGCUUGCGAGAACGGUCUUAGUUUCCUAUUUAGCAAGAGUUGGUUUUUAUAUAUUUGGUUCUUCUAUCAACAAUGGAAGCAUACAGAGAGGAAGCUCUUAGAGUGAAACAGGUCGCCGAGAGGAGAUUCGCUGAAAAAGAUUUCGCAUCCGCAAGGAGCUACGCAUUGAAAGCUAGGUCCUUAUCUCCUGAUUUGGAAGGUUUGGCUCAGAUGAUUGCCACGUUCGAAGUUUACUUGGCUUCUCAGUGUAGAAGCGGCGGCGGUCAAAUCGACUACUACGCGGUUCUUGGACUCAAACCCUCUGCUGGGAAACGAGACGUGAAGAAACAGUACAAGAAGAUGGCCGUCUUGCUCCAUCCGGACAAGAACAAAUGUAUUGGAGCUGACGGUGCGUUCCAUCUCGUAUCCGAAGCGUGGAAGUUCUUGUCCAAUGAGUUUAACAAAAGCACUUUUUAUUACAAGAGAAAGAAGCAUAUCGAGUCCUCCACGGUGGUUCAGAAGCACCGCGCAGAGUACGCGCCGGGAACUGCAGCGUUUGAUCGGUUUCCACCAUCGUCAUCAUCAGAGAGACUCGACACUUUCUGGACUGUGUGCACCUCUUGCAAAGUUCAGUAUGAGUACCUGAGGAAGUACGUGAACAAGAGGCUUUCGUGUAAGAACUGCCGCGGAGCGUUUAUAGCUGUAGAAACAGGUCCAGCUCCCGUUAGUGCACCUUUUCAUUACACGCAUCCAUCUCAUGCGCCUCCUCCUCUGCAUAGUAAUGGCUAUAGCUCGCAUAGCUACGAUGCACGCAUGCCCACAAACUCCACCUAUCUCUUAGGCCACCACUAUCCUUCGCAGGGACAUGGUUAUGAAUAUGGUUCAUAUGAUUGGAGCUCAUCGUACCCUGAAACAGCCUCCCCAGGGAAUCUUGAUUUGAAGCGUGUGUCCUCUGUGUCCAACGGGUAUCCUUACAAGCACAGCAAAUCAGUAGCUACCACGGGGAUAAUAAAUAAAGUUAAAGACGGUUCCAACGGGACAAGCUCGGUUAAAACCAAACCGGACGGUCUGAUCUAUGCUAACCCGCCCGGCCUUUCUACUCACACGGCUGCAGUUAAGGUCGGCAGACCUGAGAAGAAGAGCAGAGUAUUUAUUGAAGCGUCUGUUAAUGGAUUUGUUGAGAACCCUUUGAUGAGAUCUGCUCCAGUGUCGAAGACAGCGAAUGCAGAAUUCAAACUUCACGGCCAAAGCUACGGUUCAACUAGGCGGUGGUCUGCUGCAUCAGUACUGGAUACACGGAAGCCAUUACUUCAAAAGGCAAGAGCAGAUAUUAAGCAAAGACUGGAUUCAAUAAGAUUGGCUUCAGAGGCGGCAGCAGCAGCAGCAGCAACGGCGGCUGUUGAAGAAGACACGAGACCAGUUGAUUCCUGUAAGUUGGGAGAUGUUACGGCGGGGCGCAAAACCAGUGGGCCUAUAACGGUUCCAGACUCUGACUUCCAUGACUUCGAUAAAAACAGAUCGGAGGAGUGCUUUGAGCCAAGACAGAUAUGGGCAAUCUAUGAUGAAGAUGACGGCAUGCCGCGUCUGUACUGUGUGGUCAGGGAAGUGCUCUCUCUUGAGCCCUUUAAGAUUGACAUUGCCUACUUAAGUUCCAAAACCGACAUCGAGUUCGGGUCCAUGAAGUGGGUACAAUACGGGUUCACAAAGUCCUGCGGACAUUUCAGGAUACAAAACUAUGACGUAGUCGAACAAGUCAACAUCUUCUCGCAUCUUUUAAGAGGCAGGAAGACAGGGAGAGGUGGCUGUGUCCGAAUCUUCCCCAAAACUGGUGACAUCUGGGCUGUCUACAAGAACUGGUCGCUGAACUGGAACGAGUCGACGCCUGACGAAGUGAGGCACGAGUAUGAGAUGGUCGAGAUCCUUGAUGAGUAUACUGAACAGUACGGUGUGUGCAUUGCGCCUCUUGUUAAGCUGGAGGGAUACAAGACAGUGUAUCACAGGAGCGGGAAGGAGGACGGUAAGAAAUGGAUACCGAGGAGCGAGAUGCUGCGGUUUUCGCAUCAAGUGCCGUCUUGGUUUCUCAAAGGUGCAACUAGCGGCUUUCCUGGGAACUGCUGGGACUUGGAUCCGGCUGCAAUCCCCGAGGAGCUGCUUCACGUCGGAGCAGAAGCCUGAUUGAUGAUUCCAGUGAGGAGAAGGAAGGUUUCAGAUUUAGACCCAAGUGUAAUAGUUGUAUCAGCGAAGACUAGAGAUGUAAGAGAGAGACUGUUGACACGCAAAAGAUUCUGUUUGGUCACUAAAGCUUAUUGUAUUAGGUGAUGUUCAACGAGUAAACAAAGCGUAGUUGGUUUUUGUUUGCUCUCUUCGUCUCCUUCUUUUUACAUUAUUGACAUUAGCGAUGACAAAUUUUACAGUGCAGUUAUUAAAACUAGCAAUUUAUCUUUCCA